CCCCAGGCAAUAGGGGAUCAUGGGGCCCCUGUGUCCUUGCCCAAACUCAAAAAAGCCUAUGAAAAAGGUACCAGGGGCAUCUCAUGGGGCCCCCUACUGACCCCGGGCCCUCAGGCAGUGCCCGAGUUUCCAAAUGGUCAGUCCGCCCCUGAGCCCUUUUCUAUUCCAGCAUGAUCUUGCUCCUAUUGACAAAAUCAGCCCCAUAAAGACAUGGUUUGAACAGAUUGGUAUGGAGGAACUUUAGUGAUCUGCACAGAUCCCUGAUCUCAACCCUGUACUGUUAAUGCAACAGCAUACAGAGAUAUUUGAGAUAUUUGUGCAUUUUCAAACUUUUAGCAAG